GGCGGAGUAAACCCUUUCGCUUCGCCUCUUCCUCAGUUCGUCACUAGUUACCACUUCCACAAAGUCAUAAAGCCUGCCUAUUUCUACUAUUGACCUUAUUAAAAUGUGAUAAACAUAACCACACUGUAACUAACUAAUUGUUGUUUUCACGAUGUAGCUAAUUUUUAUUUUGUGGUUGUCGUAACCUUCCUCUCAGCAAACCCCAAAUUUCCCAUCAGCCACCACGAUAUUCACAGGCGCUCCAUAGAAGGUAUCUUUAAUUUUGUACUAAGGACUAAUCACCCAGUUAAACGUUAGAUUAAAAGGAAGUGACAUCAUACAAGUCUUCAGAGAAGCCUGGUGUGACAAGUGAUUCAACAAUGGCAAAAACAGCAGCAGAAAGGCAAAGAGAGUACAGGGCAAGAAGAAAUGCUGAUCCAGAACGAAGGGAAAAGUACCUCAGGAGUGAACGCAUGAGAUGGACAAAAGAUGUUUUAGCAGGAAAGAAGAAAGGAAUAGGAGAUCUACAUAAGAGAGGUCAAAAGAUGAGGAGAAAGGGAUGGAGAAAAGCGAAGGAGCGGCAAAAGCAAAGGGAAAUGGCUGUUAAUACUAUUGCCACCCCUCCACAAAGUCCUGAUAGAGACGUGGUGAUGUCACAUGAGCCCACAAGCUUCACGAUGUCCGAGCUUUUUAUGGAAUGUGAGGAAGAGGAGCUGGAGCCAUGGCAGAGACAGACACCAGAAGUUAAUUUGUUGGACGACGGUAAUCAUGAUGACGACGACGAUGAACCUAUAUUUGUUGGGGAGCUUAGUACUUCAAAGGGCACCAUUAACACCAGAUCAACGAACAACCAAAGAAAUGUCAAGACCACCCCAGUUCAGAGUGGUGGAGUUGGAAGACCAGCAGCCCCUAGGAUGACAAUGACACAACACUCCCCCCAAGCUCAUCUCACUAACGUUAGGGGUCCAGUUCCCCAAAACAUCAUAAUUCCUGGGAAAGGGUUGAACAAUGCACCUCGAACCUUAACAGCAGUACCUCCACAGCCCAUCAUUAUCAACAACCAGGGUUACAUUAUGACCUCACCACAGUUAUCGGCCAACUCAGCUUUCCUCGCUUCCCUUGGGAAACAGUAUCCCCCUGGGACAUCUUUCACUGUGGUUCCAGCAGGCCAGCAGCACAUUCUGCAGCAGAUGACUCCAGCAGCAGGCCAGCAGCACAUUCUACAGCAGGUGACUCCAGGGAAGCCUUUACCUGGGGUUAUCCACAGGCCUCAAGUGCACAUGAUACACAACAACGUAGUGACCUUGUCCAAUGUGCAGGGCCCCGCUGCAUUGUCUUCCCAGCCCAACCGCUCAAAUUCUACCAACCUCCAGAUUGUGUCCCCAGUUAUUCAAGCCAAAGGCAACAGCUGGGACUAUGGCAAACGAGGUUUACCUCAAGACCAAAACAGCACAGCUAAAAAAGCAAAGAAUGAUAUAGGAUCUCCCCACGCCCAGGAGAUAUUAGAAAAUGGGGCACGUUUUUGUAAAAAAUGUCCAAAGUGUAAAUUUGAUUUCUACCAACAAGUUGUCAUGAAAGAUCACAUGGGGAAAUGUUGUCCUCACCUGUUGGAGUGUGUCUUCCCCUCAACCCCGAAGUCUACUUACCUUUUUGCAAGCAAGCGCAUCAUGCUUGUCACAGACUUCUACUAUGGUAGAUUUGAGGGAGACAAACCGAAAUCGCAGCAGCAGAAGACCCCAUUUACCUAUAAGUGCCAGAGCUGUUUGAAAGUACUCAAGAACAACGUCAGGUUCAUGAACCACAUGAAGCACCACCUGGAGCUGGAGAAGCAGAACAGUGAGAGCUGGGAAAGCCACACUACCUGCCAACACUGCUACCGGCAGUACUCAACCCCGUUCCAGCUGCAGUGCCACGUCGAGAGCGCCCACAGCAUGGUCGAAUCUUCAACCAAUUGCAAGAUAUGUGAAUUAGCCUUUGAGUCUGAGCAAGUGCUCCUGGAACACAUGAAGGAUAAUCACAAGCCUGGGGAGAUGCCCUAUGUCUGCCAGGUCUGCAACUACAGGUCUUCAUUCUUUACCGAUGUGGACACACACUUCCGUACGGUGCAUGAAAACACAAAGGAUCUCCUUUGUCCUUUCUGCCUUAAAGUUCUUAAAAGUGGUCAUGUCUACAUGCAGCACUAUAUGAAGCAUCAGAAAAAAGGAAUAAAUCGUUGUGGGAAAUGCAGGCUGAAUUUCCUCACCUACAAGGAGAGAGUGGAUCACAAGACUCAGCACCAUAAGACUUUCCAAAAACCCAAAGCUCUGGAGGGCCUUCCUCCUGGAACCAAGGUGACUAUCCGGGCCUCUCUGACCGGGCCAUCACCCAGUUCCGCCCGUGCUGCUGACAAAUCCAGUGUCAGUGUCAUACCAGAGGUCUCAGGCAAAAAGGCAGCCAAUGUAAAAGCUCAGAGCAGUACAUCUGCCACACAGGGCAGCAGUGGGGGGAAAGGCAAGGCCACAGUGAGCAAGAAGCUCCUCAAGCAGCAGAAGAACAACCAUGUGUUGCAGAGUCUCAGUAUUGGCGAAAGACGACACACCUGCAUUGAGUGCUACUCAGAGAUUGAUGACUUCUAUAGUCACUAUCCUAUGGUUGCAAUUUGUGGUGCAUGCAAGUAUCGGACAAGUUGCAAAACAUCAUUUGGAAACCAUAUGAUAAGGUUCCAUAGUGCCAUCUCAAAAGAGCGAUUCCGGAAAAUGAGGAAAAUCCCAGUUGUCCUAAGGAAUCUAACCCUUGUCUGUCUGAACUGUGACUUCCUGGCGGAUGCGCAUGGAACUGACCUCAUGAGCAAGCAUUUGAUUGACAGACCACACCACGUCUGUAAGGUCAUACUAGAGAAAGGAGAAGGUGGUGCUGUAGAUGAUGGCAUUAGAGGAAAUAAGCAAGGGAUGUCUGCUGUGAUGUUCACUGAUAUCCAGAAUGUUGAAACUGCCACUGUGAGUGGAGCUUUUGACCAAUUCCACAGCGUUCCUAGAUUGGAGGAGACCUCCGAUGUCUUGUGUAUCACCCUCAGUUGCUGAAAGGGAGGAUGGGCCAGAGGUAAUGCAUGUUCAGACCCAAGAGUCAGGAAGAGGUGACGUUAUUCGACUAGACAACGAUGAUGCAGCCGUUAACCAGCUAGGAGAGGCAGAAGUGCAAGAGCUUCCACAGAUAUCUACAGUGGAUCAGAGCCAGGGAGUCACACAGGCUACAGAGCUAGAAACACCCAUGGAAAGUUCAGUCGAGGAAGACCAGUCUUUGCAGUCAGGGCCCAUGGAUAGAGAAACAACCUUAGGAAGCUCAGUCGAAGGGGAGUGGAGAGAGGAGCGGUCUUUGCAGUCAGGCCCCAUGGAAAGCUCAGUCGAGGGGGAGCUGAGGGAGGAGCGGUCUUUGCAGUCAGUGACCAGGUCCCCCUCUAGUUCUGUGGCCUGUGAGUUAGAUGGGGAGGCAGCGCGUUUGCAUGAGUCAUUAAGCAAACCGGAAUCUGUGAGCUGUGACGACAGUGAGCAGGUCCGCGUUUCCCUGGAGACCAUCCCCUUAAAGGUUGUAGACCAAGAGGUGAAAUAUAUCGUGGCAGCAAAGGACAUCUCCUCGUCCUCUCAAAGUCCAGCUGAAGGUCCGCAUCAGAGGGCAGACGACAACGACAUUCCCUCCAGUCCUGAAACACUGAAGGAAUCGGCAGCCUCGGAGUAGAGGAGAAAAGUGUACCGGAUUUAUUUUUAAGAAUACUGCAUACUAUUGAAAUGUAUUUCUCUUCCCCAUUUUCUUAAAGUUUACUGUCCUUGACCAGAUUGAGAUAAAGAUGAGAUGUGUUAUGUGUUUAUUAGAUUUGGCAAUUGGAAAAACAUGUAUCAUUUUUUUCUAACAUCAGUGCAAGAUUUUACUUCUGUCAAACUUCCAAUUUGGUUGUAAGCUUUCAAUGAAAGUGAAAAUAGUACACAAUGUGAAUAAUUUGACUUUCUGUAGUUUGUAAGAAAAAAUAUAUACAAAAUCUGAAUGUUUAUGCUUUCCUUGAUCUAUGAACCUGUACUCAAGUGUGAAAAAUCCUUGAAAUAUCUUCUUGACUAUCCUUCCACUAGUAGAUAUAGGCCUUUAUGUUUAUUUUGGAUACCUCCUCUACAUCCAUUGACAUUUCAUAGGUGCUUUUGUGUAUUUUUAAUAUACUAUAAUCCAUCACUUUCUCUUUGAUAAUCUGUAUGUGUCUGUAGUUUGAUAGCAAGCCAAUGGACUUGAAUCAUUGAGGGAGUUUGAUUCAAAUGAACCGCGGUGCACCGGGCUAUGGCCCGUCACGUGAACGGGCAAAAGCAGUGAUGGCGGAGCGCCCUUCUCAAAUCGAACAGUAGUCUGCGCCACUCGGUCAUGUUGUCAACAGGGCAGCAUGGUGCAUCCUCCAGAAACACGUUGCCAUAAAAUGUUUGAAUUUUCAAACUAGUUUUCAUUGGGAAGGCAGAUAAAAGCGUUUUGAUCAAAAGCAAUCACCUUUUCAUUUGAAACCAGAAUCCUACUCAUUACUCCACUUGCUUAACCUACGUCACUUUUGUUUCGAGCCGACUUUGCCGUCAGCCAGAGUGGGGCACCUGGCUCAAAAAUGAAUGCAAUCAUUUUCACCCGGCGCAAACUCCUCCCACCGGGGGCAACUGGGCCAGGUAAUCGAAUCCCCUCAGUGUUUCCAUUGCAGUUGUGCUAACAUGUAAAUAAACUUUGGUAAUACAGCAUGAAA